AUGCCUAGGAUCUCACCUAAACUUGUUAAACAAGCACUCAGAGAUUCUAGAUUACUACCUCCAUUGCUUCGAGCAAAUCCAAAUUUGGAACAAGCAAAAUUGGAAUUAAAAUGGAUUAAAAAUGAAUUACCAAAAAGUCAAUGGCAUGAUGCUAUUCGCAGAAGAUCAAAAUUGGAACCUUUACAAUAUAUCCUUGGGUCACAACCAUUUGGAGCAUUAGAUAUACUAUGUCGACGAAACGUAUUAAUUCCAAGAUGGGAAACUGAAGAGUGGGUAAUGAGAAUAUCUGCUUUAGUACGAAAGUAUCAUUCACAAGCAGACGGACAAUUGAAGAUUCUAGAUGUCUGCACUGGAUCUGGAUGCAUACCGUUAUUAUUGAAUUAUGAAUUAUCCGAAGUUCAAAACAUACCUCUAAAAGUACAUGGUUGUGAUAUUUCAAAAGAGGCUGUCGACCUAUCUAUGACAAAUUUGAAAAAGUAUGAAGAGAACUACCCACUGAGUUCCCACAAUAUUGAAUUCAGUAAAGAAGAUAUAUUUGAUGAAAAUCUCUUGCAGAAUAUACUACUCGAUAAAAAAUUGAGUUUGGUUACAUCUAACCCGCCAUAUAUACCAAUUCAUGACUUCAAUUCACCUGUACUCAUAAACGGUAUAGAAAAAUCAGUAAGGCAAUAUGAACCAUCGAUUGCAUUAGUUGGAGAAAAUGAGUUUUACGAGGCUUUAGUAAGGAAUGUCAUACUCAAACUGAACCCAGAAGGUUUUGUUUUCGAAGUGGGGUACAUUGAACAAGUAGAGUUUGUAGCAAACAUGCUAGCACAGAAAUCCUAUUGGCUGUGUGGCAUGAUGAAAGAUAGUUCGGGAAAUGUUAGAUGUGUUGUUGGAUGGAUGAAGGGUUCGAAAAUGCAGUCCUUACAAGAAGUAUGUGAGGUAAUUUACUAG